AUCAGGUCUCGCAGUACUCCCUCGUUCGUUGCUCGGAUCGGUCGUUUCCCCUGGUGGGCUCUUCUUCAAACUAGUUGCGCGCCCUUUUUUUCCACCUACACAAUGUCGUUCGGACAGGUUUUGAACACCUGCCUAAAGGGAGUUAUCGAUCGAAUGGGAGUUCUGACUGCAGCCGCCACAAGGACGAACCGAGAAUCGGUGAUUGUACCCGUGAAGAAACAGGAUAUUUCGCUUAAGGCACAAAGCGCGCAGCCGAUUGUGGCGUUGAAGAGUACAGAACUCUACGAGCCACGUGUCACACUCGACAACAUAAAUCCGGCGAUCGUGAAAAUGGACUAUGUCGUCCGAGGGGAGGUCCUUAUGCGAGCCGGAGCUAUUCAGAAGGAACUGGAUCAGGGCGUCGUGAAGCCUUUCAAGGAAGUGAUUCGGGCCAGUAUCGGAGAUUGUCAGGCUAUGGGACAGCAGCCGAUCACGUUUCUGCGACAGGUCUUGGGACUGAUCACGUAUCAACCGCUUUUCAACGACCCUACCAUCCCAGAAGAUGCCAAAGAACGAGCCCGCAUCAUCCUAUCGGAUUGCGUGGGCAACUCUGUGGGUUCCUACACCGAUUCGAGCGGAAUCGAAAUCAUUCGGAAACACGUUGCUCAGUACAUUCAGAAUCGGGACGGUGGAAUUCCAUCCGAUCCGAGCAAUAUAAUCAUGUCGGCCGGGGCAACCGGUGCAAUCAAGUCGCUAAUGUCCCUAUUUCGGUGUACGAUCAAUGGCAAGCUGCCGGGAGUUAUGAUCCCAAUUCCGCAAUAUCCAAUGUAUUCGGCGACUAUUUCCGAGUUGGAGAUGGCGCAGGUUUGCUAUCACUUGGACGAAGAUCGCGGAUGGGGCUUGGACAUUCCAGGUUUGGAACGUUCGGUGAACGAGGCGAAGGAGACAUGUGUACCUAGGAUAUUGGUAGUUAUCAAUCCGGGUAAUCCGACCGGGCAGGUUCUGUCGCGGGAAAACAUCGAAAGUAUCAUUAGGUUUGCUUAUAAUGAAGAUCUGGUGAUCUUCGCUGACGAAGUCUACCAGUACAAUAUCCACGAGGAGAAUUCGGUGUUCCACUCGUUCAAGAAGGUGAUGAUGGAGAUGGGAGCUCCUUACAACCGAAUGGAACUGUGCAGCUUCAUGUCCUGCUCGAAGGGUUACAUGGGUGAAUGCGGUAUUCGAGGAGGAUAUGUCGAGGUUGUGAACAUGUGCCCGAACGUUAAAGCCAUGCUUCUGAAGAGCAUUUCGGCUUUGGUAUGUCCGUCCACCAUCGGACAAGCCUGCAUGGAUGUUAUGGUGAAUCCGCCGAAACCGGGCGAACCUUCGUACGAGUUGUUCAUAAAGGAGAAGAACGCCGUACUGACUUCGUUGAAAGAGCGUGCCAAAUUGGUGGCCGAUGCGUUCAACUCGUUUGAGGGCUUCUCGUGCAAUCCGGUCCAGGGUGCUAUGUAUGCGUUUCCACGUAUUCAACUGCCGGAGAAGGCAAUUCAGGCGGCGAGGAAGGCCGGCCAGCUCCCGGACGUUUUCUACGUGUACCAACUGUUGGAACAAACUGGUAUCUGCGUCGUACCAGGAUCCGGAUUCGGUCAGAAGGAUGGAACCUAUCACAUCCGAUCGACCAUUCUGCCACAGCCGGAAAAACUCAAACAUAUGUUGGACGUGUUACGGUUGUACCAUGAAAAUUUCUUACGGCAGUACCAGUGAUGGGCUGAAUUAUUCCUUAUUUUAUUUAUAAGCACCACAAAGAUAAGUACUGAGCUAAGUGAUAGGCGUUGUUCAAAUUUGUUGUAAGGAUAUAAAUAUUUGAAAAUAAAAAGCCAUAGUUAGAA